AUGAGGGCUGUGUGGUUAAAGCGCCCGGUCUUCUUACUGGGCGGGAUUCUGCUCGUCACUUAUUUGGUUGUUUUCUUAAUGAAUAUAUAUGAUAAAACAAAAACGACUGGAAACCAGAUGGACAAACCUCGAGUCGUUAGAAGACAUGCUGAUGUGGACUUGACCAUUGGCAAUCUCUACAAUUUAAUGAGAAUCUUCGAACAAAAGCAGGAUGUGAUGCAGAAGUUGCUUGAGGGGGACAGAGAUGGACAUGGAGGACCAGAACACAAAGAAGCAUCACUGGUUGAGCUGGAGCGGAGAGCGCAUCAUGAAAAUAAACAGCAGACCCAAACGAGUACAUCAAGUAAGAAAAAGACCAAGAAACUGUUCCCAAAGUCGGCCCUUUUCAAGGAAUGGGAGGAGAAUCUCUCUGAAGAUGAACAGAGGGAAGCUCAAGCCUUGUUUGAGAAGUAUGGCUACAACGUUUUCCUCAGUGAUCGUCUCCCACUUGAUCGAGUACUUCCAGACACCCGGGAUCCAAGGUGUUUAAAAAAGAAUUACCCCAGUGACCUGCCAAAUAUUGGAGUGGUGUUGAUCUACCUGGAUGAAGCCCUUUCUGUCAUUAAGAGAGCCAUCCGGAGUAUCAUCACCCAUACCCCGAAGCACCUGCUGAAGGAAAUCAUACUGGUGGAUGACAACAGCUCUAAUGAGAACCUGAAGGGGGACCUUGACCGAUAUGUGAAGUCUGUUGUGGAGGAGAACCCAGGUCUUCACAUUACCAGAGUGAAGCACAGUGUGCAGCGGGGCCUGACCCAGGCAAGGAUCUCUGGAUGGAGAGCUGCUACUGCUGAUGUGGUAGCCAUUUUGGAUGCUCAUAUAGAGGUCCAUAACAUGUGGGCCGAGCCCCUGCUGGCACGAAUCAAAGCUGAUCGGACGGUGGUGGUGUCGCCUGUGUUUGACAGGGUGAACUUUUUUGACCUCAGGGUUGUCGAGUACAGUGCAAACGCUCACGCCUUUGACUGGGCUUUAUGGUGCAUGUAUGAGAGAUUUAGGCCUGAGUGGUACAACCUUAACGACACCUCCAUGCCCGGAAAGAGUCCAUCCAUCAUGGGCAUCCUGGUUGCAAACAGGAAGUUUCUGGGAGAAAUUGGAGUCCUUGAUGAUGGAAUGAAAGUAUACGGUGGGGAAAAUGUUGAACUGGGAAUUCGUGUGUGGACAUGUGGAGGGAGUAUUGAAGUAGUCCCAUGCUCCAAGAUUGCCCACAUUGAGAGGAACCACAAGCCUUACAUGCCCGACCUGAGCCAAGCCAUGAAGAGGAAUGCCUUGAGGGUAGCAGAGGUCUGGAUGGACGAGUACAAACACAAUGUCAAUUUAGCUUGGAAUAUACCCCUUAAGGAUCAUGGGAUUGAUAUUGGGGAUGUGACAGAGAGGAAAAAACUUAGAGAAAAGUUAAAUUGUAAACCUUUCAAGUGGUACCUGGAAAACGUUUACCCACUGUUGGAUUCCUGGGAAGAUGUGGUCGCCUUUGGAGGAAUGAAGAACCUUGAUGCCAACAUGUGUAUAGACCAGGGUCCUGUGCCCGGUCACAUACCUAUUGCCUACCAUUGCUACUACUAUGGACCUCAACACACAUUUUACCGUAAAAAUGGUGAGCUUUACAUUGGUGGCAUGAAGUCCCAUACAUACAAUGACAACCGAUGUUUGGCUGAUGAUGGUGGCAAAGACAAUGAGCCUGGGCUUUAUGAAUGCAAAGAGGCUGUGAAGAAAGGAAUGGGAAUUCUCUGGGACUUCAGUCAGGGCAAAGAACUGAAGAACAGAGAGACUAAAAGAUGUUUAGAAAUCCAACAUGGGAAACUUGUAAUCCAGGAAUGCACUGGCCAAAGAUGGGAAACCCUAAAAAUUAUCAAAGCCUUCUAA